GAGAGAAGGUGUUUCUUUUACUCCUGAGCCCAGACACCUCUCUCUGUUCCGUCUAAGCUUGUUUUGCUGCAUACUUUUUUUUAAAAGAAAAAAAAUAAGGGACUAGAAAAGGACUUGCUUGAUGUGAGAGUGAAAUGGACGUAAGAUUUUAUCCACCUCCAGCCCAGCCCGCCGCUGCGCCCGACGCUCCCUGUCUGGGACCUUCUCCCUGCCUGGACCCGUACUAUUGCAACAAGUUUGACGGUGAGAACAUGUAUAUGAGCAUGACAGAGCCGAGCCAGGACUAUGUGCCAGCCAGCCAGGCCUACCCUGGUCCAAGUCUAGAAAGCGAAGACUUCAACAUUCCACCCAUCACUCCUCCUUCCCUCCCGGACCACUCGUUGGUGCACCUGAAUGAAGUUGAAUCUGGCUACCACUCUCUGUGCCACCCCAUGAACCACAAUGGCCUGCUACCAUUCCACCCACAAACUAUGGACCUACCAGAAAUAACUGUCUCCAACAUGCUGGGCCAGGAUGGAACCCUGCUUUCCAGCUCCAUGUCUGUGAUGCAAGAUAUACGGAACCCAGAAGGAACUCAGUAUAGCUCCCACCCUCAGAUGGCAGCCCUGAGACCCCGGGGCCAGCCUGCAGACAUCAGGCAGCAGGCAGGGAUGAUGCAGCAUGGGCAGCUGACCACCAUCAACCAGUCCCAGCUGAGUGCCCAGCUGGGCUUGAAUAUGGGAGGAAGCAACGUGCCUCACAACUCCCCCUCACCCCCUGGGAGCAAGUCUGCAACUCCUUCACCAUCCAGUUCAGUGCAUGAAGAUGAAGGCGAUGAUACCUCCAAGACCAACGGGGGAGAGAAGCGACCUGCUUCUGAUAUGGGGAAAAAACCAAAAACUCCCAAGAAGAAGAAGAAGAAGGAUCCUAAUGAGCCCCAGAAGCCUGUGUCUGCCUAUGCGUUAUUCUUUCGUGAUACUCAGGCUGCCAUCAAGGGCCAAAAUCCAAACGCUACCUUUGGCGAAGUCUCCAAAAUUGUAGCUUCCAUGUGGGAUGGUUUAGGAGAAGAGCAAAAACAGGUCUAUAAAAAGAAAACCGAGGCUGCGAAAAAGGAGUACCUGAAGCAACUAGCAGCAUACAGAGCCAGCCUUGUAUCCAAGAGCUACAGCGAACCUGUUGAUGUUAAGACAUCUCAACCUCCUCAGUUGAUCAAUUCAAAGCCGUCAGUGUUCCACGGACCCAGCCAGGCCCACUCGGCUCUGUACCUAAGUUCCCACUAUCACCAACAACCGGGAAUGAAUCCUCACCUAACGGCCAUGCAUCCUAGUCUCCCUAGGAACAUAGCACCCAAGCCGAAUAACCAAAUGCCAGUGACUGUCUCAAUAGCGAACGUGGCUGUGUCCCCGCCACCGCCCCUCCAGAUCAGCCCACCUCUUCACCAGCAUCUCAGCAUGCAGCAACACCAGCCGCUCGCCAUGCAGCAGCCCAUUGGGAACCAGCUCCCCGUGCAGGUCCAGUCUGCCUUACACUCCCCGACCAUGCAGCAAGGGUUUACUCUUCAGCCCGACUAUCAGACUAUUAUCAACCCUACGUCCACAGCCGCCCAAGUUGUCACCCAAGCAAUGGAGUAUGUGCGUUCCGGGUGCAGAAACCCUCCCGCUCAGCCGGUGGACUGGGAUAACGACUACUGUAGUAGUGGGGGCAUGCAGAGGGACAAAGCACUGUACCUUACCUGAAAAUCCGAACACCUCUUCUUUCCACUGAGGCAUUCAGGGAAGUCCUUUCACCGUGGAUUGCUUUGUACAGUCAAGGCAGUUCUCCAUUUUAUUAGAAAAUACAAGUUGCUAAGCACCUAGGACCAUGUGAGCUUGUGGGUCACUCCACCCUGGAAAAAAUAGUCAUGCUUCUUUAUUAUUUUUUUUAAUCCUUUAUGGACAUUGUUUUUCUUCUUCCCUGAAGGAAAUAUGGACCAUUCAGAUUUUAUGUUGGUUUUUUGCUGUGAAGUGCUGCGCGCUAGUAACUGCCUUAGCACCUGUAGAUGUCUCGGAUAACAGUCCUGGAUUUUCCAUUGGUUUUCAUAAUGGGUGUUUAUAUGAAACUACUAAAGACUUUUUAAAUGGCUUGAUGUAGCAGUCAUAGCAAGUUUGUAAAUAGCAUCUAUGUUACACUCUCCUAGAGUAUAAAAUGUGAAUGUUUUUGUAGCUAAAUUGUAAUUUCAAACUGGUUCAUCCCAGUUUAUUGAUUUCACAGUAAGGGUUAAAUUGGCAAACAUUCAUAUUUUUACUUCAUUUUUAAAACAACUAAUAGUUCUAUAUUUUCAAAAUAUUUGAAAAAAUGUUCCCAAAUGAUUUUAAUUUAAAAACAAAUUGGCUUUGUCUCAUUGAUCAGACAAAAAGAAACUAGGAAAAGGAAAGCGCAAACACAUUUAUUUUGUACUGCAGAAAAAUUGCUUUUUUGUAUCACUUUUUUGUGUAAUGGUUAGUAAAUGUCAUUUAAGUCCUUUUAUGUAUAAAACUGCCAAAUGCUUACCUGGUAUCUUAUUAGAUGCAGAAACAGAUUGGAAACAGCUAAAUUAUAACCUUCACAUAUGGCUCUGUAUUAUUGUUUCUUCAUACUGUGUCUGUAUUUAAUCUUUUUUUAUGGAAUCUGUUGCGCCUAUUUAUGAAAUAAUAAAUAUAGGUGUUUGUAAGUAAAUUUGUUAGUAUUUGAAAGAGGUUUCUUUGAUGUUUUAACUUUUGCUGGCAAAAAAAAUCAUGCUUGAUGUGAAUACUUUAUUAGUUUUUACAGUGACUCAUGAAUAAACCCAAACCUGCUUUUCAUUUAACAGCAAAUUAAAAUAACCAAUCCUUAUUUCCACAUUUUUUGGCUGAUACAAAUGAAAACUUACUCUAUUUUAAAACUUACUUGUUCCUUACAGUACAAUAGCGAAUUGCCCUAAAAGUCAUACAAGUUCCAGGACUAAAUAGACACACACUUUAUCCAAAAAUAGUUGCUUUUUGGUUCUCAGCUGGAUUUAGUCAAUUCUGAAAAUUUCCCUCCAAAAAGUUAAUAUUGAAUCACCCAGAAUUCCUCAAGCUGCAUGCUUGUCACAAAAUCCAGAAAACAUGUAAGAAUUGAACAAAGGACAGGAGGAAGUAAAGGAAAGCAUACUGCCAAAAAUAAAUAUAGAAAUGAAAGAUGAGUAAUAGCAAAAGAGGGAGAAGAAACACUCCAAUUUGAAGGUCAUUGAUAGAAAUUGAGAUUCUCUCUUUUUUGUGGCCCUAUGAGCUACUUCUCUUUCCAGAACUCAUAAGUCAUUUAAGAGAAUUCUUGGGGUAUUAGAGAUUUGCUGAGGGACCAAAAUCAUUGAAAAUAUGGCUGAGGGUUUGCAUAAUUUUUACACCAAAAAAGAGCUAGAAAGUUAGUCUCUGAUAGGAGAUUGUAUCAACUAAGUCAAUCUGGCAGAAAAUCAAGAGAAUGGCUAAUGUCUCACAGAACGUGCAAAAUAAAUUUAGCAACUUAAAUCAAUGCAAAUAUAUGCACUGUGUAAUCCAAUCAGAAUUAAAAAGACAAAAGGUAUGCUUGCUUUCAAAUGAUUUUAGGCAUUGUCCAACCUUGAAUCACUUGAGCAUGUCGUAACUAAUAUAAUGCAGAUCCAAUGUGAUUAUUAAAAUGAUUGUAGCUGGGAGCUCUGGUUUCCCUGUCUUGGAACUGUGUAAGGACCUAUGUGAUUAAGUUCACAGCUUAUUUUUGUCUAUUUAGUAUUUUAGAAAUAUACCAGCACUACUAAUUAACGAAUGCCUUUUAUUUAUUAUAUUAUGAAAAAGUAAAAUUUUCUCUUAAGUCUAAACUGGGAAGGUAAUCACCCUGAUGAGAAUAAGCACCUCCAACUCUGACAGGCGUUUUGUACAGGGAAGUAUAGUGUUGUUUACAGCUUUUCCAGAGCAGGUGUGCAACCAGGGUAGAGAGAAUGUUGAAAUUUAAUACCAAAUACAGUAAAAACAAAUAUAAAUAAAAGAAAAUACAUCAUCAAUAAAAACUCUUACCAUGUGUGACCGUAUUCUAUGUGGUGAUCCAUCAGUCUCUAAAGAACAGGCUAGUCAGAUGAGUACCUCAAGUAAAUUCAGGGCAGAAAUAAACAAGCAUAGUUGCAGAUGUUCUGAAAUUCUAAGAAUGCUCCCACCAACCUAAACAAUAAACAAGUUCUGAACAAUGAACUAUGACCUAAGAGAGUUGCCAUCUCUAAUCUGCCCUCUUUAAGGAAGGCAGGACAAGCCUGGGCAUAGUAGGCAGCACAACACUUGUACCUUGUCACUCAGAGAAGCAUAGCUAGUACGUGCCAAGUUCUCUGCUACAUACUCCAACUGAUCCUUGGACCAUGAAUAAAAUCAUUCUGAGACCUUCAGCAAUGAUAUUGGGCAUAAAAUAUCUUCACAAACAUACCCAAAAUUAGAAUAAGAGCUACUGACUAAGGGGGAAAGGGUUGGUUGGUAAGAGUAGGUUUCAUCUCUAAGAAAAUCAAGGAAGAAUAAUCAAAAAUCCCAGUUCCCAUCCCAAGGAGCAUGAGUUGACAAAGGAAAAAUGAGUCAAAUUACAGCUUCCAAUUGAUCACAUUUGUGGACAAAUCGAAUGAUGAAUUUUAUCUCUGAUUAUUUUUAUCUUUGUCUUUAUGACAAAAAGUGCCCUCUCUAUGGGGACACGAGCUGUCCAUGAAAGCCAUGACUAACAAAAGCAGCGUAUCCAGGCUGAUUCAUUGCUAAAAAAAAUUUUGAUGCAAAAUACAAAACUAGUACAUCAACAAUCAAUCUUCUUUUUCCAUGGACCUCUCACCCUUUGCAAAAGAGUUACUCCACUCAUUUGGCAGGUCCUUAGACUGACCCAUAUAAAAUUGUAAAUGUUUAAAUUCUUCACCUACACAAAUGGUAAUUUCAUAUUGCUCCACUUGAAGAUGUGGGAACUAGGGACAAUAGGGCUUCAGCUACACCUUUAGAUGUAAUUUUUAAUGCAGUUAGUAGUACUUCACAAAGUGCUAGGCAAAAAAUUGGAAGUCAUUGGUUAUGUUUGCUUAAAAGUUACCCCACUUAAAUCCAUCCUAGACACUAUUCAUAUUGAAGAAUAUUUAAAUUUCCUGAGUUCCAGUAAACCUCAGUAACUGUCUUUAUUUUUUGUUGUAGUAAAAUAGUUUAUGCGGACAUUUGAAUAAAAAGGUUAUUGUCUACAACAUGAAAAGUUUUGCUAUGUAUAGAUAUUCUCUUUUUUUUGUUGUUACUGGGGAUCAAACUCUGGUCCUUGGGCUUUUGAGGCAGGAGGUGGAACCAUUGAGCUAAAUCACCGGCCCUAGAUAUUCUCGUAAUAUUUAUUUGUUGAAUGGGAAUUUGACCUGUAUUUUCUUAUUCUAUUCAAACUCUAAUUUUAAAAUAUGGAUACAAAUAUGAAAAAAUUCAUCUUGGUUGCUGAUAUUUGGACAUUAAAAUACUGGCAAAGAAGAAAAUUGAUAUUAUGAGUUUAAUCCCUAAAUAUGUACUACACUGAGUAACUCUUCUACUUAAUGGGUAAAUUCAUGUGAUUCAUCGCACAGUACA